AGUCAACAUAGCUAAGCUACGUGAAGUCAUAGCAACCACUGUUUAAAUGCUUUCUUUCCUAGCAACCUAGUAGGAAAAGCUCUUGAUGGAAGUAAAAGAACAAUAUCCAGUAAAUAAACCGACAGAACUUCUUCACAACCAAGUUAAAGAACUGAGGUGUUCUAAUAUAGCCCUCCUGGUAGAAAAUGACAUGUUUGAACGCUUCAUUGGUCGUCUGGAUCCUCCGAACUUGGAGUCCAAAGCUGGGGGAGAAGGUCUGCAAUUAACACAAGGCUCCAACAUGGAUGGUAGGGGAGCUGAGAGGAGGCAGAGGCCUCAGUACAAUUUAUCAGAGCCUCUCCAGCUUCUGACCUUGGGGCAAAAACUUUAUGUGGCACAGAGAGAAGCAACUGAGACACAGGCUGAUCAGGAAAAACUUAAAGCGUACUACGAGAGAAUUCUGGACAACUACAAGUCUUUCAUAAAAGAAGCUGACUUGCGUUCAACUGAGAUCAAGAAAGCCAAAAGAGAUUUUGAACGCAGAUUCUUAAAACCUAUGAAAGGCAGUUUUCUGGAAGUAAAGGAGCCAGAGAUGGUUCUCCAGCACAUUGAAGACAAAUCAAAGGUCACCCAGCUAGAAAAGUUUCACCAGAAGAAUCAGGCAUUGAGAGUCCAAGUGAUGAAGCUCCUGCAGCAGCUCCAACAGAAAAAAGAGAUGAAAAAAGCAGAGUUUGUGGUGGAGGAAGAAAUAUUUUUCCAGGAGUACGAUGAACCCCGAAUGGACAAAAGCCUAAAUGAACUUAAACACAACAGUUCUAAAGUUCAGCGCCUCCUUAGUUCACACAAGGAGAAGCUGCAGAGUUCAACACUGGAGUCCACAGAGCUGAGCAAUGAAAUCACUAAAAGAAAGGAACUGCUUGCAAAACUUGAGGAUCAGAUAAAACGUGCAAAGAAGAAGAGUUUAAAGGCAGAGGGGCUCAACCAAUUCCUGUGCAAAGAGCUUACAGAUUAUCACGCUCCUGAUAUCAGCGAGUAUUUUUUCACCACGGAAAAGCACAAGAAGCUGCUACAAAGCAUUCACCAUUGGGAGAGAAAAGUUGGGAUUGCUGAGAUGGCCUUGAAGACACAGUAGAGAGUGGAGAAGACAGAGAGGCACUCUCGCUCCUUCAAACAGCGCUGAGGCUGGAAGUCGGUAUGGCAAUCCUCAGAUCUCAGUAAAGCUCCCAUGCAUAGCAGAAGACAGUACUUCAGAUAAAUGAUUAUCUAGAUAGCAAUGAAGUAAAAGUAUAUCAUUAGAAAUCACAAAAACGUGAUACUUUUUCAAAGCUGAUUUUACCAGCCAGGAUAAGUUGCUUAAAAACAAUGCAAGGAUAUGAAGAUCUAACUUUUUGUGUCUUUUCUUUUAAAUUCAAAUGUAGUUUUCCCACAAAGAAACGAUCAUGAAAAAUAUAAUUGUAGAAUUUAUAUUUAGAAUCUUGUUCAAAUUUUCGAGAUUGUCAAUUGGAAGCCAAAUGUUUAUCUCAUGUGGUCGUCUCACCUUUCCAAUUUCACUGAAGAGUAUAUGGAUAUAUUCAUGUUAUCGUCCUUAUUUAAAAAAAAUACAAUUAAAGCUUUUGCUGUAAUACUCCUAAGGUAUUGUUAGAAUAAUUAUGUUUUAUCAUUCUUACAUAAGUAGUUACUAUUUUGUUUUUCAUUUAAAGGUUUAGUAUUCACACCCCAGGGAGGAAGAAUCUGUUAAACCGUGUGAAAGACAAACUUUGCUUUUUCCCUAAACCUUGAAGCUGCAGCUGCUUUCUAAUCUAGGGAUCCUCCUUAAAGGGCCUGUGUGUUAGUUUAUGUGUUCUUCCUUGUUUCAGAAUAGCCAUUCUUUGAUUUAUCACUCUCCCACAUUUCACUCUCGACUCCCUUCUUUCUCCUGCUUAAGAAAAAGACGGGAUCUGCUGCAGGAAGUCAGAACGCAUGGUAAACAAAAUACCUAUCAGGGAUAGAAGAAAUUAUUCAGGCUUCUGGAAACAAUGGAGCAAGUGUCUACAGGCUGAUAUGAUGCCUACAUGUUUUGUUAAAUCUAAACAUCACAUUUAACAAAUGUUUUGUUAAAUCUUUGCAGAUAUCUUAAUUGAAUUAAAAAUAUGUGCGACAAACACGUU